AUGUCGAUAUCCAUCGCACCAGUUUGCCGCCUUCCACCGCUCGCCGCUCGUCAGAGCGAUGCGUGCACACAGCAAAGACUGCGCUUGCGCGCCGCUCGUGCAGUAACCUCUCGUCACGUUUCCUGCUCUGCGUCGCAAAUCCGUUUAGGAAAUUUCGCCGGCGGUGCUGCCUCGCCGAACGGACUCCGUCAACGGGACGGCCAUCCAGCCGUCCAACGGGAUGACGUCAUUGGCCAAGCAUCGAGUAGCAGCAACGUUCUUACACUAGAAGGGGCCAAAGCCAGCGACGUUAAAUCCAGCGCCAUUGAUCCUAGCACGCAGCCCGCGAAACCCACGGCAGGCGUGGCGACGGUUCGAGAGGCAGCAGCACAGGAGUUGCCGGGUCAGAAGGAGGGCGCGGACGAAGGGAAGACUGUUCGAAUUUUUUCGCGAAAGGGGGAGGACGAAGAAGAAACGGUCAGGGAGGCGGGAGGAGCGAGGGUGCAGGAAGGGGAGACGAAAUUGGUGGAUGUGGUAACCCUAGGUAACCUGUGCGUGGAUGUUCUUGUGGCUGUGGACGAAUUACCGCCGUCCGAUCGGCGCGGCAAGUGGGAAUUUUUGCAGCGAGUCAAAGCGAACCCGCCUAAUGAGUCGUGCUGGGAGGCGGGCGGCAAUCUCAACUUCGGCAUAGCGGCGGCGCGCCUGGGGCUGCGCUGCACGGCGUUCGGCCACGUGGCGGGCGACGCGUUUGGCGCAUUCCUCGCGCGCGUCAUGGCGGACGAGCGCGUCGCGCUGCUCCCGCUCGCGGACCACGUGGAUGGGCCGCUGGGGGAUGGGCCGUGGGAGGGCGCGGAGGGGGAGAAAGAGGGGGAGGGGGAAGGGGAUGUGGUGGAGAGGAGUGAAGGGCGGUAUGACGGGGAAACGCUGGCGUGCUGGGUGUUUCUGGAUAAGAACGGGCGCCAUGCCUUCGCCAGCCGCUUUGAUUUCAACAAGAACCCGGCCUUCAGUCGCGUUCAAGCCAUACCCCCUGCGUUCGCUCACCUCAUCGCCCAUUCCCGCGCCCUCUUUAUUAAUGGAUUUGCUUUCGACGAGUUCCCGCCCUCCGCCAUCCAGUCUGCCGCCCAGUACGCACAACGGGCGGGCGUGCUUGUCUUUUUCGACCCUGGCCCUCGCACUGGCUCGCUCUUCCGGUCAGUCGGGCAUUCUAAGGAGGUUUUUGAUUGGCUGCUGAUGAACUGCGACGUUCUUCUGCUCACGUCUGAAGAGGCGGAGGUGGUGACUCAGGAGCAGGAUCCCAACGCAUCAGCUGUGCAGCUGCUAGAGCGUAAGGCCAGGGCCAGGGCUGCUGCCAGCACUGCUGCCGCUGGGGGCUUUGGGCUGAAUGCAGACUCAGAGGCGCGAGAGGAGGGAGGUGCAGUGGACGGCCGGGCAUGGAAUCACCACCACCAACAACAGCAGCAGCAGCAGGAGGAGCAGGAGGAGCAGCAGCAGCAGCAGCAGCAGCAGCAGCAGCAGCAGCAGCAGCAGCAGCAGCAGCAGCAGCAGCAGCAGCAACAGCAACAGCAGGGGGAGGGAGUGGAGGAAGGAGAGGAGGAAGGAGGAGAGGAGGAGGAGGAGGAGCAGCCACAGUGGGUUGCGGUGAAGAAGGGGCCGAAUGGGUGUGUGCUGGCCACUGCAGCACAAGGCGUGUUCAGCCUCCCUGGCUUCAAGGUGGAUGUAGCGGACACAGUGGGGUGUGGGGACAGCUUUGCAGCAGCGGUGGCCAUGGGUCUGCUGAGCGACGAAGGGCCCUCCACCACACUCGCCCUCGCCAAUGCCGUCGGUGCUGCCACCGCCAUGGGCAGCGGGGCAGGCCGAAACGUUGCACGAGCUGCCCAGGUGGCGGAGAUUCUUCUCGGGUUGCAGGCCAAGGAGGAGGGAUGGCAUGGCGCGGAGGAGGACUGGGAUGCUGACGUGUGGCUUGAGGACAAGGGAAAGCGGUUCCGAGUGGGACACGUGGCAGUGCACGGUGCGUCCACGUGUCCGUCUGGCACCCCGCUGCUGCAGGCGGUCCGCAAUGCCGAGAGUCUUUUGCACCGCUCACUGCUGCAGGCACAGAUGGACGGCAGAAGCGUGGAUGGCGAGGGGGAGGCGAGCGGGGAGGAAGGAGCGUGA